AUGGCUGAGCCGCCGCCCGCGGAGCCGCAGCCCGCCCCUGCAGCGCCCGCAGAGCCCGCAGAGCCCGACAGCCCGCGCCCAAGCUCGAGCCACGGCGGAGACGGCGAGCCCGAAGCCACCACGGCGGCCAGAGACUUCGAUCCCCAUGCUCCCGACGACCCUGGCCGCCCGGCUGCAGAGGGAGACGCGCCGCCGGGCCCGUCGCGCGAGGGCACGCCGCCGCCGCUGCCACCACGCCCGCGCAAUCUGACCGCGAAGGCGUCGACAGAUUCGUUCCGCUUCAGCGCCAGCGCCAACGGCUCACCCCGCCCCACGCUGCAGUCCAAGGCCACCACCGCCCUGUCCAUCCAUGACGUGCAGUCCUACAGCGACAUGUUGCGUGAUGUCAUCUCGUCGCCCGCCUCGCGCCGCUUCUCCUUCAACAGCCCCCGAAUCGGCCCAAGCGCCAACGCCAGCGAAUUCGGCGAUGCCACGAGCGUGAAGAGCUAUGUCCCGACGCUGGAGGCCGGCGCUGAUGUAGAGAGCAUACUCGAAGAGGUCAUGCCCGGGCAGGAGAGCUCGGUGUGGAAAUCGCUGGGGGCUGCUUUCCCAAAUGUAGACAAUGAGGCGGCGCUGUUUCCCGAAGAUCCUUCAUUCAGGGUGGCUUUCGAACGCGAGUUCGACGAGCUGGAGGAGUUCAGGGCAGAUGGUUCAAACGAAGAGGUUUUGACGUAUCAAUGGAGAUCCAAAUUGAAGCACUACCUGAUUCUGUCCUCCGCCGGAAAGCCCAUAUACAGUCGACACGGUGACGACCAGCUCAUCGCAAACACAAUCGGCGUUGUACAGACCAUCAUCUCCUUCUACCAAGAUGCCGAUAACGUGCUCAAGGGAUUCACCGCGGGGGGUGUGCGUUUUGUCGUCCUGUCCAAGGGCCCGCUGAAUCUAGUAGCCAUCAGCAAGCUUGAUGAAAGUGAUGGCCAGCUGCGGACGCAGCUGGAGUCAUUGUACAUGCAGAUCCUCUCCACCCUCACCCUGCCCAGCAUGGAACGCAUGUUCCGUAACAGGGCAUCCACAGACCUGCGAAGGCCGUUGCAAGGCACCGAGACGCUCCUGUCGGCUCUGGCCGACGGCUUCACGCGCGGCUCGCCAUCCACCCUUCUCUCUGCGCUUGAGUGCUUGCGAUUGAGAAAAUCGCACCGCAAAGUGAUUGACAACACCCUCCUCCAAACGCGCUCCCCCAACCUCCUCUAUGGGCUGCUGGUCGCAGCCGGCCGCCUCGUUAGCGUGGUGCGACCGAAAAAGCAUUCCCUUCAUCCCGGUGAUCUCCAGCUCAUCUUCAACAUGCUCUUCGAAGCAGGUAGCGUGAAGGCGGCGGGGGGCGAGAACUGGAUUCCCCUUUGUCUUCCAGGCUUUAACAACACCGGAUACCUUUACAUGUACGUCAGCUUCAUAAACGUCAACGAAAAGAACCUGGACCCCACCGCGGAGCGGCCGUCGACCUCAUCGGCGCAAGAGGAUGAGGUCGCAAUACUCCUAAUCAGUGCGAACAAAGAAAGUUUCUUCGAGAUGAGAGAGAUGAGGGACCAAUUGGUCAACCAACUCGAGAAGAAUGGCAGCCUCCAGGCCAUCCGAACAGCCGUCAACCGAGGUCGACUCUCAUGCACAGAUAUCGUCCCGGGCACCGUUCUUCGACAUUUUAUCUACAAGUCCCGUGGCAAUGUACAGUUCACCAUGCCGUCGUACGACCCAUACUUCAAGACAGAGCUGGACCGCCGCCUUCUCAUAAGCCUCUACGCACAACUUCAUUCACACUUGCACACCCGGCCCACUCACCUCAAGAUUCACCACGGCACAAGUACACACCACAUCAGUCUCGCGUGGACGACGCCCCUCUUCGAACUAUAUGCCAUCGCACCUGGAACAACAUCUCGCGCAGCACUAGCACAGGCGGCCAAUAAGGUCAUCCACUGGGUGCGACGAGAAGAAGAACGUGUCUUCAUCAUUGGAGGCGCGGUGUUUUAG